AUCUUACGCUGGAGGCUGGAGUUCGGAGCAGGGACAGUUUUAAACGGCGUUUUCUCCGGGAUUGGGGUCGGGUUCCCGUCUCUGUGGAAUGGGGAUCACUCCGAUUUGUUUCAUCCUCCUAUUGGUUCAUUACCUACAAGUCGUGGUCUGUUGUGGCCAAGAUGAGUAUACCAUUAAUGGACAGUGCUGCUCGAUGUGUUCACCAGGCACAAUAGUGUUCAGGCAUUGCAGGAUAGGUUUUGGUACAGUAUGUAAACCAUGUACAACUGGAAGAUAUAACGACCAUCCUAAUGGGUUAGAGAAAUGUUUUAAAUGUGCAGCUUGUGAUCAAGAGCUUGGGCUUCAAGUUAAACAUGAAUGUAUUGCUACACAAAAUACAGUAUGUGAAGCAAGAGAAGGUUAUUACUGCAUAGACAAACCCUGCCAGCUGGGUAGAAAGCACAAAACAUGCCCUCCAGGUGAAGGAGUUAAAGAGAAAGGUACAGAUUUCACAGAUACUGUGUGUGAGGUGUGCCCUGAAGGAACAUAUUCAGGAACUGAUUCAUCAACUGAAGCAUGUGAGAAAUGGACUGAUUGUAAGGAACGUAACCAAAAUCAGGUCAAACUAGGAACCUCUAGUACUGACACGAUAUGUGAAAAAAAGACUAAUCUGGUCGCUAUACUUGUGCCGGUUGGCAUCGUGGUGCUUAUCAUAGCUUGCGCGGUGGCUUUUUUUAUUUGGAAGAGAAAGAGAAAGCGUACAAAACGUGAAGGAGAUCCUCAUGAUUCAAGAAUCCAAAGUUCCUCUGAAACUAUUUCACUGGCUGGCCAACAUGAAAUGAAUAGAAGAAUAUGAUUACUUUGGUCUAUUUGGUUUGAGUGUUUUGUGCAAUUGACUUGUCAAAUCCAAAUUCAUUUUGGUACAGUCAGUACAGGAAGACAAGAGAGGGCUGUCAAAAGAAGUGAACAUGGAAGACGGUGAAACCUCUACAAAUAAAUACAUCUGAACAGAAACUCAUUGGAAGCACCAAAUCCAUCACGUAAAAGAUACAAGCUGCAUCUUGAAACCACGGGCACUCGCAAAUUCGGAACUACCAAGGCAGUAAUUUCAUUCACAACUAAUAAUGCCAGCCUGUUAUAACCUUUCAGAAUAUUCAAAGUAUCUGAACAGUGAUUUAUGUACCGUACACCCAGAAUAAUCAAACCUGAACCACAAUUCAGAUUGAGCACCAGCCAGCUCAAAUACUGUCGUCCUCGGUGAGACAUCUGGGCAGCUAGAUCAGAGGAGAAGGAAUAAACUGUUGGCUGGUGGUGUAAUUUUUGUUGAACAUUGAUGGACUGUACCCGUAUGUCAAUUUAACACGUACCGAUUUUAACAUUUUCUUCAUGACUUUAAUGCUCUUUAAUGGAUGCAUUCAUUUUCGAAAUGCAAAGAUGAAUCGUGAAAAUUUGUAUCUGAUGUCAAAAGCCCGGAUGGUAAAUCGAGUCCAGCAUGAGCAGAAAAAGAACUUGGAAAAGGACGUUUGAACACCUGUUGACUUUGGUUGAUUUCACUUGACUCCGUUGUGGAAAAAUGGUAGAAGAUCACAGCAGAGAAUGGACGAGCCAGCUAUCGCUCAGUGGCUGGCAAUCUCCCAUCUGAAUCAGACGAUUUUCCAAACACAUCAACCCUAAUGUCUAUCAACUCAGUAAACAAACUUUUUCAAAAAAAAACAUAGCUUAACAGAUAAUUUAUAAACUUCAUUGGAUAAUUAUUUUCAUAACUCAUUUAAGAAAAGCAAGGUAUUUCCUAUAGAUGUCCAGGUAAAGAUUCUGAUAAAGAAAUUCCACUUUUUUCUGUACUGUUCAAUUUGCCAUCAGAUAACAGGGGUGCUGGGACAGUGAUCAUUUAGUGGUAGAAAUCUCCUCUACAUUGGGGUGACCAAACACAGACUGGGUGACCACUUUGCAGAACAGCUUCAGUCUGUCCACAAGCAUGACCCAGACCUCCCUGUCGCUUGCCAUUUCAACACUCCACC